UCGCGAAGAAAGAAAGGGAGGAAUGCCGAAACUCAGAUUAGCAAUAGACGUUCUGAUGAUGAGCGGCCGGGCCGUGAGCAUUUGUUCCGAGGGCACAUGGUCACUGGGGAACGUUGGUACCUUGCGAUGCGAAGAAGUAGGAGGAGGACGACGAACCGUUUGGGGAUGGAUUGACACCUGCGGAUCCUUCGUCACCUCGGUUAUUUCCUUCGUUGUCGAAAUGGAAAUGGACGAAGACAACGUUACAGACAAGACUAUAGUUUUGGACCCGAUUUCCAGGCUGAAAAUCGUGACAAAACAAGCCAGCGAAGUAGAGAUCGACAACAACAUACCUCCUAUAAGAUAUUACAAAUCAGGCUUGCAAAUGGUCCGCAUGGCCAAUGUCUAUCUGGAAGAAGGUGCCUUAGAAAACGCCUUUACACUCUACAUAAAAUUCAUGACAUUAUUUCUGGAGAAAAUCAGGAACCACCCAGAGUUUGAAAAAGUUCCAAAAUCCGACAAACAAGUGAACUCACAAAAAUUGAAAGAAGUCCUUCCGAAGGCCGAACAGUUGAAGAAACAGUUGCUAGCACAGUACGAGGAGGAGUACGAUAGAUAUUUGAAAGAUGUGAAGAGGCGGGAGAAGUUUAUGAGGAAUAAAAUGGUCAUUGACGAGAAAUCUAAACCUAGUGUACAAUCAGCCCCAGCGAAGAAUUCCGUAAACAAUAGUCAACCUCUCAAAUUGAAUAUAAAUCCCGUACCUCCGUUGCUCGAAAACCUGAGUUAUCCAAAUAGCGACACUUUUCUUCCUCCGGCUCCAUUUAAAAACUCGAGCGCCGAUAAAAGUGAUUUGAAAUCAAGCAAACCUAUUAUCAACAGAAGUUCAAAGCCUUCAUUCCUCGUCUGUCCCAAUGUACCACCGAGCAAGCUGAGGAUAGUCAUCGUACCUGGAAAUUUGGUGUCGCAGUUUCUCCUUCUCGCGAGGAAGAAUACGGAUUUAAAUAUAGAAACCGGUGGGAUUUUAGCGGGAAAAUUGAAAAGAGAGCAACUUCUCAUCACGCAUUUAUUGGUGCCUGAACAAGUUGGUACGUGUGACAGUUGUACCACUCAGAGGGAAGAAGACUUGUUUGAUUAUCAGGAACAGCACGAUUUGAUUACUCUGGGCUGGAUACACACCCACCCAACACAGACGGCAUUUAUGUCAAGUGUGGAUCUUCAUACCCAUUAUGCCUAUCAAAGGAUGAUUCCUGAAGCAAUCGCUAUUGUGUGCGCUGUGAAUGACAACAAUGUAUUCUACUGUUUAACAGAUUACGGAUUAUAUUUUAUCAGUAAUUGCACACAGACGGGAUUUCAUCCUCAUCCGACCGAUAACAACAUAUACACAGAGGCGAAGCAUAUUAAACCAGAUCCAAGAGCUUCGCUUGAAAUCGUCGAUUUAAGACGGACAAAACGUUAAUUUAAUAAAUAUAAAAAUAAAUAAAAAAUAAUAAACAGGCAUUAGUGUUGUUAAGAUAUAUGCAUUUGUAUAUCAUGAUGGAGGGUAUCACUAAAACACGUAUUUUAGUAUGCACUGCGAGGGAACAAAAUGACAUAUAAGCAGUUCCAGCUGGCUCGUCACCGAAGUAAAAGUAUUAAUAAAUUUUAUAAAAUCUCCCUUUUUUUCCCCCAGUUUUUGUCACUCUCGCUUUCUCAUCUUUAACCGAAGGUUUUUUUAAAAGAUAUUCAUCAAAACUUGUUUAACAGAUGAUUCUGUAGAAUAUUUAAAGAUGAUCAUACUUAAUAUCGUUAUAACAAUCAAUUUUUUACAUAAUU